AUGGAGGCUGCCUCCCGACAUGAGUUUCCGUUCCUUGAAGAGGUCUACUCUGCGGAGCAGCCCAAGAUCGAUUUCGUCUUCGUGCACGGCUUAAACCCUCGAGGCAAAGAUAACCACCCUUUCGAAACAUGGACGCACGAGAACGGCAUCUUCUGGCCGCGGGACUACCUCCCUCAGGAUAUCCCCCAGGCACGCAUCUUCGUCUAUGGGUAUAAUUCCACCAUCACGAAUCCGCAGAGCAUGUCGACUGCUAGCGUCAAGGACCAUGCCAAUACAUUGCUGAAUUUGUUGGACUUGGAGCGGAGUCCACAGUUGAAUGUGCGACCGACAAAGAUUAUAUUCAUCGGCCAUAGUUUGGGCGGACUGGUCAUCAAGCAAGCCCUGCUCAACGCACACGAAGACCCCAAGUACAACUCGAUCCGCAACAACACAUCUGGUCUGGUCUUCUUUGGUUGUCCACAUCGAGGUACCAAAGGUGUCGAGCUCGGCAAGAUCGCAGCAAAGGUGGCUCGGUUCGUCGCCAAAGGACACGCCAGUAAUGAUCUGCUCGAUUGUCUGGAGCACAACUCGCUCUUCACCCGCCAGAUGACAAGCCGAUUCUCGCACCAGCUGGAGGACUAUCGCGUGAUCAGUUUCGUGGAAGGGAAAGAGGUCUUCUUGGGCGGUGCUGGACCGGCUUCUGUUAGCCAUUUAGUAGUUGACGAGGAAUCAGCUGUCCUCGGACUCCCCGGGCAGCGCGAAACCCGACUGAAGCUGGACGCCGACCACUCGCAGAUGUGCAAAGUGGGCAGUCGGGGCCCGAUGUAUAAACUGAUCAAAGGCAACAUCAAGCAAAUCGCCGACCAAGUCCUCAUAACAGAACAAGGAUACAUCACUCAACCUUCCGUAUCCCCUCAUCCAGCCCCCCCUCUGCCUCCGCGCCUGCCAGGAAACAGCAGCAUCCCGUAUCCCGCCGCGCCCACACCCCAACCCACCACAAAACGCGUCAUCGGCACUCUCUUCACCCCCGUCGACAACGAUCCUCGCUCGAUCAAGGCUGCCGAGCUGAAGAAUAACUAUCGCUGGGAUGAAGCCCGCAAACUCGAAUAUGACAUCUUCAACGAACACCUGCGCACCAUCGGACCAGACCACCACAGCACGCUCGAGAUAGGGUACCAUCUCGCCUCUAUCGACCUCGAGUCCGGAUACCUCUCCAAAGCCGCCGAAUGGGCCGGCUGGGUCUCAUCUAACAGCCAACGCGUCUUCGAUAAGCGUCACCCGCUCGCCAUGAAGGCCGAGAGUCUCAUGGGUGAGAUCCUCUGCCAUCAGGGGAAAGGCCAGGAAGGCGAGUCGGUCUGCGCGAAUGUCCUGGCCCGUCAGCAAAUGACCAUUGGAGAAGAUGAUCUGGACACUCUCGACACGCGCCGGAGAUUGGCGAUCGCGUAUGGCGCUGUUGAGCGACGACAGGAAGCUGUGCAGACAUCGGAGAGGGUUACUGAACGGUUGCGGGAGUUACUGGGACCUAACCAUAUACGCGUGUAUGCUUCUAUUCUUGAUACGGCCGACCAUAUGCUCUCAAUGCGGUCGCAUGAUACGAGGGCACUGAUGGUCAUGCGGUUCAGCGGAGAGGUAGAUCAGCUGGCGCAAGGGGCUACGCAGAUUGCACGCGAGCUGACGGACCUGCUUGGUCCGCGCCAUCCACUCGCUAUUCGGGCCUUGAGGCUACAGGGUGGGAGUCAGAUGCUCGAUCCGGACGGGAUUACGGCAGCGUCGGAGACGUUCCGACGUGCGCUAGCGAAUGCAGAGGAGGAGCUGGGCGCGGAUCAUCCCGAGACGAUGAGCAUCGUGGCACUGAUGGGUGUGAUGUAUGCGUCGCAGGGACGCAGCGUGGCUGGGUUGUAUGGCACGCCCGGCCAGUCAAAUACGCAGUUGGCCACGCCAUGGUUGAGUAGAUACUUGACAUGGGCGGAGAAUCGAAUGGGGAAGGGCUGUCCCGAAGUACAGAGUACCCUGGCUAUGUUGGGAAAAUUGCACAUGGAGGCGCAGAAGCAUAUUGAGGCGCAGGCUUACUAUGAGCGAGUGGUGGAGGGAUGUCGUGAGAACGGAGCGGCCGUUCCCCAGGAGGUGCAGACGAUGUUGCAGUUGUGUCGGAUGCAUACAAGAUAUAUAAUGCCGCAGAGGACUUCGGGAGGGAUACAGAGUUUAUUGUCAUCGUUUCAGCGGAUGUGA